UUCUCAUUUCAAAAAUAAAACCCUAGCUUCAUUUCAGAGCUCGAAAAACCCUCAUCAAUGGCGUUUAUUCAAUCUCUCUCUACAUCUACUCCCUUCCAUCUCUCUCACCGCCAGUCUGUCUCCUCCAAAAACCUCACAAUAUUUCCCAAAAUACGCCUCAGAAUUCUUGGAAAUUCUUGUCCAGUCCUCGCAUGUUCGGCUCCGAAGUCGACUCCGGCGACCGAGCAGGACAUACUCGAAGCCGUCGCGGAGUCCGACGGAAAGUCGCUUCCCGGCGUGAGAACUUACGAGAACGACUUGGCUCGGCUUACGCUGGUUGGAGCCGUGGAUUUUGAGCAGGCGCUAACGGCGGCCGCCGCAGACGGCGGUGAGACCGCCGCCGAACAUAUUGCUUCCGGCAUGCCGGCGAUGGUUGUGGAGACCGUGUUUCCUGGCCCUCCCGACGAGCGUAGCACCGUCUCGACACGACUGUUUUUGCCAGCUAGAAAAGUUAAAGAGAAAGCCAAAAAGCUCAAAAGUUAUCUCACUGAAGAUAUCCUCUCCAACACUACAUCUAGGAAUAUACUUGCCAUGACAUUUAGACAAGUGGUUAUGGAACAGCUUUGGAAUUUUGAACUGGUAUUGUUUAGACCUGGAACUGAAAGAAAUAUGAAGGAGCUUCAAAAUCCUAGAGAGCAGGUCACUGCAUCAUUUGCCCUUAGCUCAUCAGAUGAACUGGUUAUUUCUUUGCUUGGAGAAGUUGUUUGCCUUGCUGCUCUUGAAAGCACUGAAAGACAUUUUCUUCGUAACUCUCUGGGAAGAACAUCAAAUAACUUUUUCCACUGGUUUCACAAGCCUGAAAGGAUUGCAUCAACAGAUUCAUCAGUUACCAUAUAUAAGUUAUUUGACGAUGAGAUUAUUGCAAGUGCUAAAAGUUUGCUUGAAACUUUUAACUCGGAAAAGGGCAAUUACAAGCCUUUGCAAUCAAAUGUGAAUUACUCAUGGUGGACAUUACCAAUAUAUUCUAAAUUAGAAAAGAUUGGUGGUCCUGAGUUUAUUACAUGGAUUAACGAGUAUGUACCUGCUUAUCUGCUUCAAAUUGACACUGAUCGACUUCACAAUGUAAAGUUUGAAGGUUGGAAAAAAUCUGCUGAGAAUAGAUGGGAAGUCCUUCUGACCCACUUUCAAAUGGUACUUGAUUCUUUCCUUCAUUUUUGGACCUCAAUGAGUGUUGGCUUUCUAGGAUGUCAAGUAGGGGCAAAUGUGCAUGCUGUUGUUGUUAUACGCUUCCUUAUCUGACAUUCUCUUUCUAGC